GCCAGCAGAGGAGCCGAGCGGCGCGAGGGAACAGACAGGACGGGAGCCGCUGUUAAGGAGGAGGAUUCAGAGGACAGAAACAGCUCGUAGCUCCAAACCUUGCUCGGCCACCAGCCAAUCCAAGAGGUUUCUUCAGGGAUUUUCUCUCUUAUGAUCUCAUAAUUACCAUCUCUCUUGAGAAUAUAUAGCGACUUUCUAUUCUUAGUUUAUUUCUCCUCUCUCUCUCACACACAUGCACAUACUUCCUACUCAAAACAAAACUCAGCAAAACCCUCUGCCCACGUAAUUCUAAUUCCCAGGAGGACUUUCAUAUGCUUUUGUUUUGGGCAGUGACAACAUGCAUAUGUUUUGAUUCCAGGCCCCCUAUUGGUUCUUGCACUUCAGUUUAAUGAAGACAGACCAGCUAUUAAACUCACCAGCUUUGACAAAUUAAAACCCUGCCUCAAGAUUUCCUCUGACAUUUUAAUUUGGACUAAAAUUUUGUUAGGUGUUGUCCAUUCAAUUGUCCCAAGUAAAUAUUUUGCUUUAGCAAAUACAUAUUUUCCUGUUAAUGUUUAUUUUUAAAGUGUAAGGAGCUUGGAGAGUUUAAUAAAUGAUGUAAGAUAAAGCUGAAGAUAAGUAAAGUAGAUAAGGGCUGUGAGGAAGAACAGGAAAAUUACAACUAUGUAUUUAUAGAUAGUAAGAAAAAGCCUAACACUGAAUCGAGUGGAAAUGGACAGAUACAUGUUCUUAGCUAAGUAGUUCUUUAUGAUUAAAGUGAAUUACAACUGUGAUAAAAAUAUAAUAUCCACAGACAUAUGCUAAAAUUGAUCUGAUUAGUUUUGCUUACUUGUAUGUAAACAGGUUUCUGAUGCAAAAUAUUUUGGGAUAUUUUAUUGGUAGAUAUUUUGCAAAAGUUUCUUGAAGCCUUUUCUGUUCAUCCCAAAACACUGUUGUUGCAUGCCCCAUUUGAGGUAACCUUCUGCCUUUAAUACUGAGAUGUAACCAUUUGUUCUGAAAGUUACGUGGAACAUAAAUCAUCCCUCUAAUGCGAAUCCCAACCCACUGCAGCUUUAUGAAAGCAUUUUCUCCAUCCAGUAGAAAUCUGGAAAUUCAGAAUGGUCUGAAUCAUAAAAUAGAAGCCCCAAAUGAGGAAGUUUGCCACAGAUGCAUGAAUUCUAGUAUUGCUGUUUGGAACUGAAAGACGACGAGAUUUCACCUUUUGGAGCAUGGAUUCAAAUUCCAACAUUGUGGUUGUAACUGGUUUUGGUCCCUUUAGACAAUACCUGGUUAAUUCUAGCUGGGAAGCAGUGAAGGAGCUGUCCAAGAGAGGCCUUGGAAAAAACAUAGAUCUUCGUAUCAUGCAACUACCAGUGGUUUACCAAAAAGCAAAGGAACAAAUCUUCAGGAUAUGGACAACUCUUCGUCCAAUACUUACUGUUCACGUUGGGCUGGCUUCAUCUGCCAAAGCAAUCAUCAUCCUUGAGCAGUGUGGGAAGAACAAAGGCUAUGAAGAGAUGGAUGCUUGUGGUUUUUACCCAGAAGGUGGCUGUUGCAUGCAAGAUGGUCCAGAAAAGAUUGAAUCUACAAUUAACAUGAAGACUAUCUGGAAAAAUAUUUCAGUGGAAGGAAUUGAUAUGAUCUUUUCCAGAGAUGCGGGAAGGUAUAUCUGUGAUUACACCUACUACACUUCUCUGUAUUAUGGCAAUGGAAGAGCAGCUUUCAUCCAUGUGCCUCCAUUAUCAAAGUCGGUAACAGCAGGCUCCCUAGGAAAAGCAUUACAGACAAUUAUCUUAGAAAUGCUAAAACAGUGUGGGGAACAGAGAGAGUAAGAUGGAACAUGAGAAAAAAAAGGAGCUUUCUUAAAAAGGAAUUUCUUAUCUCUUAAAGUAGCAAAUCUAAUGACUAUUUAAAGCCCUUAAAGAUUUUUUAUUCCAAGAUUUUUUAUUCCAAGUUAUUUUCAGGGAAAUCUCCUUACAAAAACCAAACAACUGUUUCCAUCUCUGCUAUAAAAAUCUUGAGAGGGAAAAAAAAAAGUGAUUGACAGUUUAUAACACUAAGAUUGUUUCAGAUUUAAGGAAGUCCACGAAACUGGAUUUGAAAAUGGUUAUAUACUUCCUAAAAUCUUUUAAAAGCAUUUUUUUUUUAAAUUUAAUUUAAAAAAAAGCAGAACGAAAGUCAAAAGACAUUACUACAGAUUUGUUGAAUUGAGAUCCAUUCUUACAUCCAUAAGGACAUUCAGCACUGACAUCACAAAGUUCCCUCAGAGUCUCGGUUCAAGUGCAGUGACACAGGUUCAUCUAAUGCAAGGUGCCCGUAUAUAAACUUUAAAUAUGGGGGAAAAACAAAACGCAGGUAGAGAUCCUGUUAUUUGAAGGUUUUUUUGCAGCUGCUGUAUCUCUUCAAAACCUGCUGCACGUGGUGCUGGCUUUCACAUACAAAAUAGACUACAGACCUGGGGUGACUUAAAACAAAAAAAAGGUGGAACCUGGCAGACACCGUAAUAUUGUUUGAGUUUCAAUUGCCUGAAAACACCAUUCCCCCAAAUUCUCAGCAUAUGUCCUAAAGGAAAACACUGUAGUCCUUCCACAAAGCACAGCACAAAGACAACAGUCUUUCAGAACAAUGGGUCAUGGCUAUUCAGGGAUUUAUACCUCAAAAUCAACAAGCUGAAGUCCCAAGAAAGGCCAUCAGUGAAGCACUGUGCUGUAGAAUGUUAUGGCACAUUAUCUUUCUUACAAAACAGGAACCAAAUGAGAUCCCAAGUUGUAAAGCUUGGGAUCAGACAGUGACAGAUCACUUCUGAGCUUCUCCCCUGCCAAGCCAGGCUCCUUGAUGUCUCAUACAUGGCUAUAUACAGAAGCGCUGCUCUAUUAAAGCUGGGCAAGACAGAAGUUUACAGUGCGUCCUCUUUAGCACACAGGGAAUGUCAAUGCACACAAUUUUGCUUGUACCAUGACAGACAAUUAUGACAUAAAACUAGCAAGUAUUUUUCAAAAACAAUCACCAGAACAGAACAGCAGCAUCUUCAUGUGGACACCUGGGAUUUUGCUAAGGGAAACGAAAUCUCGUUCCUCUAGUGUCGUGUCAGUAAAAAGGACAAGAGACAAGGACAACCUAAUAGCACAGACACCUGAACAAGCUCUGGGCCACUACUGUGCCUUAGUCAAGACUUUGAUGAAAAGACUCAGAGAAAUUGCAAAUGCCAAGAUAAUGCUCGUUUUCUUGUCACUAUUUUUUCUGACAACCUUUGCAGAAAACUGGUAACUUUGUGCUAGAUGGUUGAAUGCCUCAUGUAUGCAUUGCUGUAACAGCAAAUGAAAGGAUUUCCUUCAAAUAAAUAAAUAAAAAUGCUUCCCGUA